UGGUGGGUCUCUGCCAGUCGUGCAUAUUUGCGACUGAUUUUGAACUUGCAGAUGGCGCUCGCUGUUUGGUUGCAGUGACUUCUUUGAAUCUGGAAUAAAGGCUCCCAGUCUGUUUCCGUUCCUGGCUGGCGCUAGGAGAUCAGGUCAUUCAGAAGUGAAGGGUUGUACAGUUCUGGAGAGGGGCGUACUGUGAGAUCAGAACGAGAGAAAAGCUGGGAUCAGCCUAAGCAGAGUUUAGAGAGAACCUCAGCACGUGAAUAGAAAUGAUUGACUCAGUCAAAAUAAGGAGACAGAGCACCUUGGAUUUUUACUCUCACUAUGAAUUUCUCUGUGCCGUUCAAGGCUCUGUCCCACUAAAAACUGUGACAGCUAAUGUGAAUCAGGGCAUUCUUGAGCUAAAUGCAGAUCGCCUCAAGGCUCCUGACUGGGCACCACUUCUGAAUGCUAUCAGGCAUAAUAAGACUUUGACUUCUAUUGUAAUAAGAAGCUUUCAUCAACAGGGUCUUGGAGAAUCAGGGGCUGACAGACCUAAAACCUACUUUAGAAGACGAAUUCCAGCAAUUCGAUCAAAAGACAUGACUACUCAAUUAUGUAAAGCCAUCAGAGGUUGUCUGAAUAUGUCAAGUGCUCUAAAAAAUUUGGAACUUGAGGGACUGCUUCUAAGAGAGCGAGAUCUAAUAUUUUUAACAAAGGGGUUGGCCAAGACAUCAUCUUUGGAGAGCUUGUCAUUAGCACAUUGUCCAAUUGGAGAUGGAGGAUUGGAAACAAUCUGUCAAAGUGUGAGAAACUCCGCCAACAUCAAAUCUAUAAAUUUUACAGGAUGUAGUUUGACCUGGCGGGGAGCAGAACACUUGGCCAAUGUCUUAAAGCACCAGGCAAUGAAAAGACAUGGUGAAGCUUGGGCUGAAAGUCUACGCUAUAGGAGACCUGAUCUUGACUGCAUGGCAGGUUUGAGGCGUAUCACUCUCAACUGCAAUGCACUUGUUGGUGAUCGAGGGGCUAGAGCCUUUGCAGAAUGUCUUGGAGAGGACCUGUGGCUGAAAGCACUUGACAUGCAGCAGUGUGGAAUUUCCAACGAUGGGGCAAAAUCAUUGUUAGAUGCUUUUCAAACUAAUACAACUCUAGUGAUCUUGGAUGUAAGAAAAAAUCCAUUAAUUGAUCACACUUUGAUGAAAAAACUUAUUGAAAGAGUUCUCAUGAAUGGAAACAGUACCAGUUCAGAGUACAAGUGGCUGACCUCUCCUUCUUCAAAGGAUAUUCUCAAACCUAAAUCAAAAAAAAGAACUAUUGUCCUAGGAAGUGGUCGGAAAGGAAAAGCUACUAUUCGUAUUGGAUUAGCAUCUAAAAAGCCCAUGCAUCCUGGAAAGAGUCCAUCUGAUAAAGAUACCUAUUCACCAAAACCAUUACCACCAGGUGCAUAUGGUUUCCUACCUUGGCGUACUGCAGAGCGUGCAAAGAGGUGCAGGGGAUUCCCAGUGGAUGGUACCCAGGAGUUACCACUGAAGUUCCAGCAGACAGGCAUUCCUGUGAAAGUGACAGUAGAAAGUGCUUCUACAUCUGAAACUGAAGAGACAGAAGGGGCUUUCGGGGACAUUAUGCAUGAUCCUGAUUUGACAAAAUCCCCAGUUAAAACUAAUGUAAGACGAUAUCAGCAAUUACGGACAGAGUUGGAAGAAUGUCUAUUAAAAUUAAAGGAAGAAAGAAGGGCAAGAGUAAAGGCCGAUGAACGGAUAAUGGAGCUGGAAGUUGAAAAUGCCCGAUUAAGGAAUCUAAACUUCUCUCUGUCUGAGGUUCUUCAUGCACAGUCAGUAACCAACAUGAUUCUGGAAGAUGAAGGUGUUCUGGGCAGCAUUGAGACCUCUUUCCAAAAGUUUCAUGCUUUUUUAGACCUUCUUAAAGAUGCUGGACUUGGGCAACUUGCUACAAUAGCUGGGAUAGACCAAUCUGAUUUUGGUUUGUUGGGCCAUCCCCAAAUGAAUUCUACUGUCAGCAAACCUGCUAUUAUACAAAAGGAGAAAUCAUAUGAAGAAGAAAGACAAGAACAAACACAGAAUAGCAAAAAUGUUGGUGAAGACAUCAAAGUUUCUCUUCCAGGCCUCAUCCAUUCUCAGGUCCUUGUGAAUACCUGUGCCAUUCCCAGAGAAAUACAAGAAUUUCAGGUCACUGUUCAACAGCAGCAAGGUUUAUUGGGAGAAACCGAAGCUCAAAUAGAUAAUCAAAGAAAGGAAGAGGAAACAUCCAAAAAUAGCAGGCCAUCAUCCUCUGAGAAGAGCGUCAAAUUAAGUGAACAGACAAAAGGUCAUUCUUCAAAGCAAUCAGCUACUAGUCAGUGUUCAUUCUCUGAUUCCAAUGUAAAUCUGAAGAGUAAGGGUAGCAAAACAUUCAGUGCCACUUCUAGUGAAGACAGCCAAAACUGUUCCUCAAAAAAACACAUCUACAGAACAAAUGAAACUGGAAUUGCAAAUGUUGCAGUCCGAGGAGAUCAAAGUAAACACCAAACAGCAGAUCAUUCUAGAAAUGACACAGAAGGAUUUGAUUCUGAAAUACAAGAAAGUAUCCAUUCCAUGAAAAGCAUUUGAAAUGAGUCUAAAAAGAAAGUUCAGAUUGUUUUCCACAUGUGUAGAAUAAAAAAUGUCCAUAGUUUUUU